AUAAGCUCUUAACCAUGUUUUAAGAAAUUUUUAAGAGCUUAUAAGCUCAGUAGCCAAACAGGCUCUAAGCUUCUUCUACCCUGUAAGUCUCCCCCACCUUAAUUUCCUGCGCCGCCUUCUUGUCAACCCUUGUUUCCCUCUCAUCCCAAUCAAAAUACGAAAAAACCAGAAACCCCAAAUUCCGUCAGCACCCGAACCCUAACCCCCAACCCCGAGGGCAAGCAAAUGGAUCCUCGGCGCGUGCCCCGCACCGUCAUCGACCCGAAGGUCCGGCACGUCGGAUUCAUCACUGCGCCCGACCGCUCCAAUUCGGGUCCGCCCGACCCGAUACCAUCCUCGCCUCGCGCCUCGGACUUCUCCCCCUCCGGCAACUCCCUAUCCCCAGUCAUGAUCCCGCCGCCGCGCCACCUCUCGACCGACCUUUCCCGCCAUUUCCCCCACCCGCCGCCGCCUCACUCCCCCCUCCGCGGCCCCCGCGCCGUCGAGUACUCAAUCCCCGCCGGCAGUUACAAUCCGUCGGAAUUUUUGUCCCCUUCGGCCACCACGGAGUUCUCCGAGGAUCCGCUCUCGCCCAGGUCCGGCCGCAAGGGUAGUUCCGGAAAAUUCGCUUCGUCUUUGCCAGCUGGCGGAUUCGAGAUGGCGCUGGCCAAGCAGAACAAUGGUGUGAGCUUGCGUCCUCGUGUACAAGAUGGCGCGGCGGAUAAGGAAGUGCACAAGGAGAAGAAGGUAGCUGGUGAAAAGCCGUUAAAGGAGAAGACUACGAAAGCAGAAAGACGCGCAAUGCAAGAAGCGCAACGAGCUGCAAAGGCUGCCGCUAAAGGUGAGGGAGGUAAUGCUGGGGUCAACUCAACCAAUACGGUGAAGUCUGUGAAAGCAGUGCCCCAAAGAAAAGACAACUCUCCACUUGCAGCACCUUCGGAGAAAAAAGGUGGUCAACCGGAUAAAGAUAAGAAGAAAGAUGCCCCUCAUCCAAGGAUGCAGUUUGAUGAUGAAAACAGAGUCGAGAAAGCAAAGAAGCGCUCUGUAGUAAAACAAACUGAAUCCCGGAACAGAGUUGAACUCUUUAGGCAUCUACCUCAAUACGAACAUGGUACAAGGCUCCCCGACCUGGAAUCGAAAUUCUUCCAACUUAACUCUGUACAUCCUGCUGUCUACAAGGUUGGGAUGCAAUAUCUAGCAGGGAAUAUAUCUGGUGGCAAUAAUCGAUGCAUGGCUAUGCUUCAAGCCUUCCAAGAAUCGAUCAAGGACUACUCUACCCCACCAGAGAAAGCCCUUAUCAGGGACUUGACUGCAAAAAUCAACUCUUAUGUUUCGUUUCUGAUCGAAUGUAGACCCCUUUCAAUGAGCAUGGGAAAUGCAAUCAGGUUACUCAAAACUCGAAUUGCCAAAUUGCCCUUGAGCCUGUCCGAGGCAGAGGCAAAAGCCAGUCUUGUUUCCGAUAUCGAUCGUUUUAUAAGCGAGAAGAUAAUGCUAGCGGAUAAAGUUAUCGUAAAGCAAGCUGUAACCAAAAUUAGAGAUGGUGAUGUUCUUCUCACAUACGCAUCUUCGUCCGCUGUUGAGAUGAUACUACUGCAUGCUCACGAACUUGGUAAGCAAUUCAGAGUAGUGAUAGUGGAUUCGCGCCCCAAGCUUGAAGGGCAGAAGCUGCUUCGCAGGCUUGUACAGAAGGGUAUAAGUUGUACAUACACUCAUAUAAAUGCUGUCUCGUACGUCAUGCAUGAAGUGACGAGGGUAUUUUUGGGUGCGUCUUCGAUUUUGUCCAAUGGAACGGUCUACUCGAGGGUUGGUUCAGCAUGUGUUGCUAUGGUGGCAAAUCAGUUUCGUGUACCAGUUUUGAUAUGCUGCGAAGCUUACAAGUUUCAUGAAAGGGUUCAACUUGAUUCAAUUUGCUCUAAUGAACUUGGUGAUCCUGAUGCGAUUUCGAAUGUUCCUGGUAGAAAGGAUAUAAAUUAUUUGGAUGGUUGGUCCAAUAGCGAGAAUCUACGACCCUUAAACCUAAUGUACGAUGCAACACCUUCGGAUUAUGUAUCAGUGAUCAUAACAGACUAUGGCAUGAUACCGCCUACUAGUGUUCCUGUUAUUGUCCGAGAAUACGGCAGAGAAUACUUAUGGGUAUAGAGGAUGCAAAUUUGUGCUACAAUCUGGUUACAAAUGACGAGGCAAUUUGAAGGCCCCACCCUUUCCGGCACCUUCACAUUUAACUUAUUUAUACCUUAUUGGAAUAAAGCUAUAUAUAUAUGUUCCAACCCAAACUGCUUUCGAUUUUGACCUCUGUAAAGUGUGAGAACAUUCCGCCUCCCUUUCCGGGCGGUAUGUUUUGACGGUUUUUUUUUUUUUUUUUCUUUUUCUUGCGGAUAGUGAAGUAGUAGUAAUUUUUAUACCACCAAAGGCUUGCAUCAUUUGUAGGUAAAUUUAUUUAGAUGGUUUAUUUGCAUUUUUGUUUUGGAGGGGGUUUUGGGGUUGGGAGUUGGAGUAUGUGACAAUUUGUCUACAAUUUGUAAAAAUAAAUAAGCAACAAAAGAAGUACGUACCACACUAUAUAAGCCAAUGAUUGAACAUUUGAACCAACAGCUACUGCUCAUGUGAGCUGUACAUUCCGUUUUGUCCCAUUUUAAUUUUAUUUUGUGUCAAUUGUAUUUAACAACGUGACAUAUUUGCCAA